UGAAGGGGAAGAAGCAAAAUUGGGUGGGAUUGGGAAUAGCAACGUUUUGCUUAAGCCUGAAAAUGGUUUUGUUGUUGUAGCUGCAUAGCAAAGCGAAGACACUGAGACGGAAACCCCGAAGAUUGGUCCGUCUCUUGAGAUGGAGGAGAAACGACGCGAUGCUGGAACCCUAGCUUCGGCUGGUAGCUCUGGAGAUUCUCCGGCAUCUGAGCCGGCAACGCGGCGGCGCGCCGGAGCUUUGAAGAGAAAAGCGAAUGCUCUCGGGACCUCCAAUUCCUCUUCCACAUCGUACAAGAGGAUGUUGACGCGCGAGAAGGCGAUGCUUGCGUCUUUUUCUCCGGUACACAACGGGCCUCUUACUAGAGCUCGACAGGCACCGAGCAACAUGCCGUCGGCGGCUGGGGUGAAGUCGGAGCCGUUGAAUGUCGCGGUGGGUACGGAUGGCGAGAAGCCGAAGGAGGAGGAAGAACGAAACAAGGCGAUCCGUGAGUGGGAGGCUUUGGAGGCUAAGAUCGAAGCUGAUUUCGAAGCAAUUAGAUCUCGCGACAGCAAUGUUCAUGUGGUGCCUAAUCAUUGCGGUUGGUAUUCAUGGGAAAGAAUUCAUCCGCUGGAGGAGCGUUCAUUGCCCUCUUUCUUUAAUGGCAAAUUGGAUGGUCGCACUUCUGAGGUAUAUAGGGAAAUACGGAAUUGGAUCAUGAGGAAGUUUCAUUCUGAUCCGAACACACAGAUAGAAUUAAAAGACUUAGCAGAACUCGAGGUUGGAGACACGGAAGCAAAACAAGAGGUGAUGGAGUUCUUGGACUACUGGGGCUUAAUUAAUUUUCACCCAUUCCCAUCCUCAUUAGCAGAUGCUAGUUCUACCGCUGGUGAUCAUGAUGAUUUAGGGGAUAAAGAGUCACUGCUUAACAGUCUAUACCGAUUUCAAGCAGAUGAGGCUUGCCCUGCUCUUGUUCACAAGCCUCGUCUCACAGCACAAGCUACGCCAUCAGGGUUGUUUACAGAUCCAAUGGCUGCUGAUGACUUACUGAAGCAAGAGGGUCCAGCAGUCGAAUAUCACUGCAACUCCUGUUCAGCUGAUUGCUCUCGCAAGCGCUACCACUGCCCCAAGCAGGCAGAUUUUGACUUGUGUACGGAAUGCUUUAACAGUGGCAAGUUCAGCUCAGAUAUGUCAUCUUCUGAUUUUAUACUGAUGGAGCCUGCUGAGGCCCCUGGCGUUGGUAGUGGGAAGUGGACUGACCAAGAGACUCUUCUUCUCCUUGAAGCUUUAGAAAUCUUCAAGGAAAAUUGGAACGAGAUUGCAGAGCAUGUUGCUACGAAAACAAAGGCUCAGUGUAUGCUUCAUUUUCUUCAAAUGCCAAUCGAGGAUGCAUUUCUUGAUCAAACUGACUACAAAGAUCCAAGUACAAAAGACACUACAGAUUUAGCUGUGUCUAAAGAUGAUAAAUCUGUCCCAAAAGAUGCACCCGAAGAGACAGAAAAUAAGAAUCGUGUUGAUGAAGUUGAAACUAUGAAGGAAGUUCCAGAACCAGAAAAUGACAAUGAAGGAAAAGUUUCUCAGGGAUCUUCAAAGCCUGGAGAUGCGAGCCAAGACACUGAUGAAGUGGAAGCUGACCAGAAAACGCCCAAGCAAGAAACCGUCAGUGAUGAAAGAUGUAAAGAUGAGGCUGAUGAAAACAUUGCUCUGAAAGCUCUGACUGAAGCUUUUGAAGACGUUGGUUAUCCCAUUACACCUGAAGCCUCUGUUUCCUUUGCUGAUUUAGGAAAUCCUGUCAUGGGACUGGCAGCCUUUCUGGUAAGAUUGGCGGGAUCUGACGUUGCUACUGCUUCAGCCCGGGCUUCCAUAAAAUCUUCUGGACUGUUGCUCGCUACAAGACAUUGUUUUAUUCUGGAAGAUCCACCAGAUAACAAGAAGGAUUCAACUGAAUCAAAAAGUGUGGAUGCAGCAGCGAACGAUGAUAAUACACAUAAAGAUGAGCAGCCAGAAGAAAAAAGCCAAAAAGCAGAAGAUGUCUCCUUGAAUUUAGAUGAUAGGGAAAUGCUAGAUAUUGAUCCAGGCAAAAAGAAUCAGGAUUCAGUCUCAGAAGAAAAGCAACCUGGUUCUCGAACUGAAAAUUCGGCUAGAAAUCCAGAUGCUGAACGAGAAAAUGGAUCUAGUAAGUCAGUCGCAACUGGCAAUUCUGAGAAACCAGCGGAUAUAAUUUGUCCAUCGCAGGAAAAAUGCUCUGGGAAGGAGCUUCAAGAACCUUUGAAGGAUGAAAAUAAGCUUUCUAGUGAAAAUAAAGACGCUUCUCAAGCAACUGUCGAUCAGUCAGCUGGAGAUGCUUCUCAGCCAGAAGCAUCAAAAGAUGUGGAGAUGAAGGAUACAUCACAGUCAGAAAAGGAUCCUCAAGAUAUGGUCAAAACAGUAGGAGAGGAGGUUGAACAGGCUAAGGAGGGUGCAAAGGAUGUUCUUAGUAAGCCAGAGUUGUCUAUUGCACAGCAGCCAAUUGUAUCAGCUUCUGUACCGGAAAAUGGAACAACUGGUUGUGAAAUUACAAAUAAAGAAGGAAACAAAGAGAAGGAUGUUAGUGAAGGGACAAAAGAAAAACAUAACAUAGAUAAGCUUAAGCGUGCAGCUAUCUCUGCUCUCUCAGCUGCAGCAGUAAAAGCAAAGGCUCUUGCGAAGCAAGAAGAAGAUCAAAUCCGACAACUUUCUGGAUCAUUGAUAGAGAAGCAGUUACAUAAACUAGAAGCAAAGCUAUCAAUCUUCAACGACGCUGAAAGCUUGACAGCGAGGGUAAAAGAGCAAUUAGAAAGGUCAAGGCAACGGCUAUACCAUGAAAGGGCACAGAUAAUAGCAGCUCGGCUUGGUGUCCCACCUUCAAUGUCCUCAAAAGCUUCGUUACCAACAAACAGAAUCGCUGCAAAUUUUGCUAAUGUGGCUCAAAGACCUCCCAUGGGUAUGGCCUUUCCACGCCCACCAAUGCCAAGGCCUCCAGGUUCACUUGUAGCUGCUACAGCAAUGACCGGAAGCUCAGAUCCACCUCCAGGUUCAGACAAUGUUUCUUCGGUUUAGUGGUUCCACAUCAUAGUGUUCAGAUUCGCGAGGUAGCUGUUGAUGUUCUAUUUCUAAAAGCCCAGGUACAACCUUCGAGCUUGGUUUAUUUUCUGGAGAUUUAUCGGACUUAUGUAGGAGACGAAGUUAGUUAGGGGUUUUAGACCCAUCAAUUAAUGUUUAAUGUAACAGUCGAAUGGAACAUUUGGAGAUCUGUGAAUGUGUUUUAUUUAUGCUUCUUUGAACUUUCUGUAACGUUGAACAGAGAUAUAUAUGGAAUCCGCAAAAGGUGGGAAUGUUUUUA